AUGGAAAAAAGGAGUUACAUUUUAGGGAUUGGUAGAAUUCGAAAAUGCUUAGAACACUUCAUUGAAGAUGUUUACUAUGUAAAUGGGUUAAAAUACAGUCUGUUGAGUGUGUCGCAAAUUUGUGACAAAGGGAAUGAAGUCAGGUUUUUGUUAGAGAUGUAUUUGGUUAUAAGUCUGUCUAGAAAUAAGGUGAUGCUUAUAGCCAGAAGAUGCAAAAACAUAUACGUGGCUGAUCUCAGUUCUGCUCUUAGUGACAACUUGACAUCUCUUAGGGCUCAGGAUGAAAGUGAUGAUCUAUGGCACAGAAGAUUGGGACAUGUGAGCACAUCCUUGCUUAAUAAACAUAUUAUUGGGGACCUGAAAUGGGUGUUUGUGGGAUACUCGUCUUCAAAUUCACUGAGCAAAGAGUUUGCAGAUCUGAUGAAGAAUGAAUUUGAAAUGAGCAAUAAUGGGAGAACUGAACUUUUCCUUGAAUUAAAAUUAGACAAACUCCAAGAGGCACAUUUAUAUGUCAAGAGAAAUGCAGAUUUUGUAGGGUACCUGGUUGACAAAAAAAGCACUUUUGGCAUGGUCCAUUUCCUAGGAUCUUCACUAAUCUCUUGGGGUACAAAGAAACAACACUCUGUGGCUCUUUCUAUAGCCGAAGCAGAGUAUGUAGAUGCAGAAGACUUUGGGGUUAUCAUUGACACCAGUCUACUAUUGUGUGAUAACACAAGUGCUCUCAACAUGGCCAAAAUUCCUGUUCAACACAAGAGGAACAAACAUAUUGAUGUGAGACACCACUUUCUCAGAGACAAUAUUGAAAAAGGGAAUGUGUGUGUGAAGUUCUGCACAAGAGAAGAUCAAAUUGCUGACAUUUUCACCAAAGCCUUGAGUAGAGAACAGUUUGAGAAAAAUCGUUUGAAGCUGAGAUUGAUUAACUUGAACUAA